ACAAACUCCGAGACGUGGCAGUACCAAACAAACGCAUCGAACGUGUCAGUAUCCUACAGAAGUAGAGAGUUACAAAGAGUUACAAGCCAAAAAGGAGAUGGUUCGGCCACAUGUCAUCGUUUCUUUCUCUUGUCUCUCUAUUAAACCCUCCUGAUCAUGCUUCUUAGAGAAAUGCCGAGAAGAAGAAAAACAAUACACUGAAACAGAGAAGAGUUUUGUUGAUUUUUAGAAGAAAAAAAGAACACAGCUUUGUAAAAUGGAUAUGCAGUCACAGAUGACACGUCCUUAUGUUCAUGAUCAAGCUGAUGAGCCAAUCAGAGUUCACCAUCCAGAGGAAGAAGAGCAUGAAGAGAAGGGAGCAACUAAAGUGUUGAAGAAAGUGAAAGAAAAAGCCAAGAAGAUCAAGAACAGUCUUACCAAACAUGGUCACGGUCAUGAGCACGAUCAUGAUGUCGAAAUAGAAGACGACGAAAAUGACGAGCAGGACCCACAAUUGCACGGCGCUCCAGUGUACAAUACUCAAGGCGGUGUAACGAGUGAACCUGUAUCACUUCGUCAUCCCGGAAACGCUAAUGUUCCAGCGCCUGAGGAGAUCGUUCCACCAGGGACACAAGUUUUCCCGGUCGUGCCUUCCGAUGACACCAAACCCGUUGAACCUGAGCCAUUACAAGAUACCUUGUACAGACACGAGGCAGCCUCUAAUCUGAUGGAUAUUUCCGAUAGUGGUGAGAGAAGAGAUGCACCGUCUCAUCCUCUUAGAGUAUUCGACAUGUCGGAGAGAGAAGAUCAGACACCAAUGAACACGUCUCUGUUAUCAGCAACAGAGGAUGUGACGGGAACGUUUGCUCCUGGUGAAGAUGAAUAUCUCGGUGGUGGUCAAAGGGUUGAAGUCGACAUCGAGAGGCCUAAAGGGUUGGAGGAAGAUCCAGCUGGUCCAGAAGGAGGGUCGAGUUACCUUAGUGGUGUGUCUAAUUAUCAGUCCAAGGUUACUGAUCCCACUCGUGAAGGAGGUGGAGAAGCUGGAGUACCUGAGAUUGUUGAGUCUCUCGGUCGGAUGAAAGUGACCGGAUUUGAAAGUGACUUUCCGACAAGAAGCCAUGAGUUUGGUCUGAAGAAUGAGUCUGAUCAAACAGAGAAAGAUAUUCCGGCGAGAAGUGAUGAUGUGAAAGUCGAGAGAGAUGAAGAGGCGCACGAGUCGAAACCAAGUACGUACACAGAGAAGAUAGGUUCUGCGACUUCGUUUGUAACCGAUAAAGCUAUAGCUGCGAAGAACACCUUCGCCUCAAAGCUAGGUUACUCCGAGCAACACACGAGCUCCACUGGAGACGAGGCAACUCCUAGAUCUGCCACGGGAUACGGUCAGAAAGUGGCGGGAACUGUUGCUGAUAAGUUGACUCCGGUCUACGAAAGGGUUAAAGAAACAGGAUCAACCGUGAUGGCGAAGUUACCCCUCUCUGGUGGUGGAAGUGGAGCGGAGGAGAAUAAAGGAGUGGAAGGCAAAGGUGUGUUGACAAGAGACUACUUGGCGGAGAAGCUGAGACCUGGAGAAGAUGACAAGGCAUUAGCGGAGGUGAUUGCUGAGAAACUUGGAGGAGAGAACAAGAGGACGUCGACUACAAAGGAAGUGGAGGUAACGGUGGAGAAGAUCCCUACAGACCAAAUAGUGGAGGAAAAGGAACAUGGUGAGGCUGUUGUUGCAGAGGAAGGGAAAGUAGGAGGAGGAGGAAUGGUGGGGAAGCUUAAAGGAGCGGUGAGUUCUUGGCUCGGUGGUACUACGGAGGAAGUGAAACCGAAGUCUUCAGAUUCUGUUGACCAGUCUUCACAGUCGCUUGGAACCACCGUUGGGACUAUGGGAUUUUCAGAUUCCAGUGGUGGAGCUCUGACCGGGCAGAGAGGACUUCAAGAUUCUGGGAACUGAGACUUUGGGUUUGCUUUUGAAUGUUUGUGUGGUUUAUGUUGAUGCCUUUGUUUGCAACUAUGACGUAUCUUACUGUAAUCCUUGUG